GAUGAGUACAAUUGACAUGUUUCAUCAGAAGAAUGCAAAAAAGGUAAUAACACAAGGAGAAAAAAGUAAAUCAAGGCUACAAUUACUUGAAGCUAGCUUACGUGAAGUUGGCAAUUCAAAUAAACAGCCACCUAACUUGGGAAUAUCAGGAGAUGUGACUUCUAAGAGGAUUCAAAAUGUCGUUCACGAAGGGGUGAAUAUAGUUGACAAAACUAAAGAAAAUCAAAAAUCUGUUAAGAGGGUAGAAGUGGAACGUGAUACAUCAAAGGGAAAUGAGAAAAAGAAAAGGCCAUUAACAGAAGGUUAUCAAUCCAUUGUUGGGAAUGAAUUUGAUGUUAAGAAACAACCAACCAGAUUAUGUGGAUCAAUGAUGAUUGGUGAAUUUCUUUAUCAAAAGGGAGAAAAAGUUGAACAAGUGGUUGAAGAAGAAAAUGACCACCAAGAUGAUGAAUUUCAAAAUGAAACAGAAGAUGAAGGACAUGAAGAAGAAAGUUUCAAUGAAAGAGAAGAGAAUGAGAUAAUUAAUGAAGAAGAAAGUUUGAAUGAAAGAGAAGACAACGAAUUAACCACGGAUGAAGCCACAAGCAAGAAAAGAACUCGGGGACCAACACAAUGCUUAAAAAUACAUGCGAGAAAGAUUGAAGACCGGCCUGAAGUUAUCUUGGAUGAAGAUGGAGAGCCUAUUGGUCCUAAUGACAAAGUUGUGUCUGACUUGAGCUAUUUUCUUGGGACCAUAGCUAGGAAUUCAAACUUUUGUCCAUUGAUUUAUACAAACUUCAAAGCCUUGGUCAAAGAUCACAAAGAUCGCAUAUGGAAAUAUGUCAUGGAAAAAUUCAAUAUUUCUCACUAUGGAGAGAAAGCAAUAUUUGGUCGCAUAAAUGAUGCUUGGAGGCGGUACAAAUGUUAUAUCAAGAGACAUCAUUUUGUAAGAUAUUCCACUAUGAAAGAGCGACUGAAGAAUCGUCCAGUGCACAUUCCUGAAGACCAUUUUAAGCAAUUGAUUGUUUAUUGGAAAAAUACUACGAUCCAGAGCAUUAGUGAAAAAAAUACAAUCAGUAGGAGAAAGCAAAAGUACAUGCACCGAAUGGGACCAAUAAACUUUGCAAGAGUUCGAGCUGAAUUGAGUGCUGGGAAAAAGGAUGGAGAAGAAGUCAGUAGAGUUGAAAUGUUUAUAAAAACUCGCCAAGGUCGUCCUUGUAGGAAAGGAAAAGCAGUGGACAAAGAAACAUUGGAUACUAUUUCUAAGCUUGAAGGAUCUAUGCAAAACUCAUCAACUGAAAAUGUGGAAAAAACUUUUGAAUCAAUGUUUGGAAAAGAAAAGCCUGGUCGGGUUCGUUGUUAUGGAAGGACUGUGACCCCAUCAUUAUUUAAAAGAAAUCAAGAAAUUGCUGCAAUUAAAAAAGGAUAUGAUAUGAAAAUAGAUGGGAUGGCAAAAAGGAUUGAAGGUUUGGAAACAAUGAUGACACUCAUACUUAAGCAACAAAACCCUGAUUUGAAUGAGGAUGAUAUAGAACAUAUGAUGUCAUUAGCUUUUGGGAAAGAAAAUAGUGCCAUUGCUCCACGUUCAUCUGCUUCCACUCAUGUUCCUUGUUUUGACCAGGUUGAUCAAGAACCUCAAGAAAAUACCGCAGAGCAAAUGGAAGAAUGAUUGAUUGAAGAACCUCUAGAUUUUACAUAGCAAAUGUUAUAAUUCUUUUGUUAUCUUUUAACUCUUUUAGUUUUAAUACUUACAACACUUUUAGUUUUAGCAUACAUUGGACUACACAUAUGUUACUUUUAACUCUUAGUUUUGAUGCUUAUGAACUCUUAUCCGUUAU